AUGGGGACUUUGGAGGUCAACGGCCGCAUCAAGCACUGGCUAGAUGACCCCGUCAAGAUCCGUGCUUUCCAUGCCAUGGCUUGCAACAGUCUCAGGUUUGACCCAGCAGAGCAUGUAUGCUUUGUUGAGAAUGGCCAUGCUCAGUUCUACAUCCAGAUGGACAAUUGGCCCUUGACUAGCGCCCUCCUGGAUGAGCACCUCCAAAAACAUCCAGGUGAUCAACGGUGGAUUGAACUCCUACAGGGCCGCAACGGCACCCUCAAGUAUGCUGGCACGGUGCACCGUCUUGAACAUGGCCCACAGUCUUGCAAUGAAGAAGAUGCUUGCAAGGCCGCAACGACGAUGUUAAAGACUCGCUGGCUACACCAGAAGUGGCGAGUAUAUGCCCUUGUCGACAAUCUACCAGGUGAGUUCUAGAAGCAUGUCACAUGGGGGCGUGGGUUUCGCGCACGGUAAAGGAGAACAUGGUAAAGGAGAUUAGUUUGUGACUUCAGAGGCGCGCGUGCGCAAAAUGGCUGCACCGCAUCUGCGCCACACUCUGUCGAAGCGCACGCUCAAGCUCUCAACAUUGCUCUCCGCUCUCCCGUCCUUCUGACAACCGCAUACAUGCUCACAGAUGUCGACGUUCUCAGCUGGCGGCAAUCGAGCGCAGAGCAGGAUGCAGAGAGAUUCCUCAUCAGCCUUCUUGGUCCGCUCUUGGCAAACUCUGCAAGAGGCGGUCUCCACCUCCGCUACGCCCCUCCAUCGCACCUGAGAGCGGCCGCGCAGAAUCUCCUCAGCGCAGCACAAGUACCCCAUGGACGCCCACCCCUUGCCCCUCGCAAUCAGCGCAUCAAGCAACUCUACCGCGAGCAUCACCACCAUGUGGCCCCUGAUACCCCAGCUGGACCAGCCCUUGAGCGCGCAAUCAACGUGGCGGCAAGGUCAGCAGACUCGCGCUCAGUCAUUCUCCUCAAGGACAUUACCCAAGAAGACCUCACUAAUGCAGCAGAAGACCAUGGUUUCCUUGGGAUUGGAUGCGGCCAAGGGCCUGAGAGGGCUCAACGGAUCCUGACCAUGCUCGACUUUGCCAUGGAGGACCAAGUCUAUGACGGUGUUCACCGCAUCCACAGCCCACCAGCAAGCAGUCGUCGUGCCUUUAUCGACUUUUGGCCCUUCUCGUUGGAGCGUACAACACCAGCUUUGCACGUGGUGAUGUGUCUGCGUGUCUUAUUCCAGGUGAGCGAUGCGGUGUCCCAUGAAUGCUGCACACAGCUGACCUCGACGCCGGCCCCAACUGGAUGCCAGGGUUGUUCGUAUCACCUCUGCCGACGUCUUGUUCUUCAUGUGCUCAAAUCUUGACGAGAUCCUCAAGGACAUCACUCAGAUUGUCGGCACUGAAGUUGCAUUCAAGGUCAUCACUGGGAUCCUCCCAAUAUCGACGCUCCCAGACAACAUCAGCAGUCCAGCGUCAUCUCUCAACAUCAGGCUCUUGCGCAAGGCUGGGAAUCCUUAUUUUGAGGUGACAGAGCUAGCUGGGAUACCGCAACUCCUGAGGACUGUCUUGCCAGGCUGGCUUGAUCGAGAGCUCCUCAUUGUCCCAGCCGUACACAAGGGUGUCCUCAAGUACAGUUCACUCCUCAAAGAACCCCUCAGUCAUCUUGUGUACUUGCAGAGCACGGUAUAUCAAGCAGCAGAAGAGGUAGGCAGGGGCAUCUUGGAGCUCUUUGACUCGAGCAAAGUCAAGACCCAGCUCAAUGUCCAAUGCUAGAGGAUCAAGACCCUCAGCAAGAUCAAUGCCUUCUACCAAAAGCCCCAAGAACCGCUGGCAAACACAACCAACACGGCAGGCACAAGCUGCGAUUGGAAGAGGACGGUUGGCGAGGCAGCAUCCUCAUCUCGCCUUGAUCAGUACAACUCAAACCCUCUGCGCAAGCUCCCAGCAAGCCUACAGAGCAAAGGAGAGCGGCGCAAGUGGUUCUCAUCCCGAGCAGAAGGGCGGGCAAUUGGUCCUGCGGUUGGAGACCAUAACUCAAUAAUUGCCAACACCCAGAGAGCUGGAUUGGCAGCCUCCACUUCAGAGGUUUGCGCAAGAUAUGCCUCAAACGGUACUGGAGGUGGAAGAGCAGCUCAUUGGGACACGUCUGCCUCCAACCCAACAACCCUCCGUCAGCGGCCCACAAGCAUUGCCCCGCCUCUUUGGCAAAUCCGGCCUGCUCUGGUAGAUGCUCUGAACGACAUGGAUGCCAACAGGGAGCUCUUUGACGGGAUCCAAACGGCAGACGCCCAAGACUUGGCUAGGAUCCAUGAUUGGCCUGCAAAAAAGAUCACCCAGUAUGUGCGAAACCACUACAGGGAUAAUGAAACCAUCACUCCUCGACAGCCAACCGUGAUCAACAAUUACAUGUCCCGCCCUCCGCCACGAGAGGUAACGGCCUCAGCAAUCAGGCGCAGCAAGGAGCAGGUGCUGUUGAUGCUCGACAAUCCAAAUCCUGAUUACAACUUAUUGCUGGACAUUGUGGCUAGCUUGCCCAGCAGAGCUUUUGCACCGCAAGACUGGCGCCAACCCUGA